AUUGACAGCGACAAUCACCUGACAUCAGUCACACUCACAAUCACAACACAACAGAGGCCGAGCUGAGAAAGAUAUCGAUUUCUAUUUUGUGUUCGUCCUCGUCCUAUUUAAAAUUUUUAAAUACGAAGAAAAAAUUAACAGAUGUCUUCAAUCAUACAGAAAUGCAAUGACGAUAAUAUACCGCUUGCAGACGACGAUCCUCAAGUGAUAAUUACAGAUGACGUAGAGAACAAUCACUUGGAUCAUGGUCGAUCGAUGGACUCAUUACCCAGUUCGUAUACUGGGGGCUCUUCUAGCCCUGGCCUGAAUGGUCCACCGAGCUUCGAGCCUGACUCGGGGAUCGACGAACAGGAAGAAAAGGCUCGGUUGAUCUCACAAGUGCUGGAAUUGCAAAAUACUCUAGAUGAUUUAUCACAGAGAGUGGACUCGGUCAAAGAAGAAAAUCUGAAACUUCGUUCAGAAAACCAAGUUUUAGGCCAGUACAUUGAGAACUUGAUGUCUGCAUCCUCAGUAUUCCAGUCAACCACAGCUAAUGUACAUAAGAAGUAGACAGCUAAGCCUAUUAUUAUGAUGUAUACAAUUAAUUGAUUCCUUGUAACCCUACCAAUGUUCUCUUGCCAAGUUAAAAACCAAAAAUUCAAAGACAAAGUUUUAAAGACUAAAGAAUAUUACAGUGAAGUUAUCACACCGAGUGCAGCACUGUAGAAAAGAAAUAGUAUAUUUUUACAUAAACAGUCUUUCAAAGUAUGGCAAUAGUAAUGUUUUUUACCACAUGUAUCACUACCACCAUCUGUGUGAAGCUUUGUACAAUUUCCCUAUUGAGAAAUUAAUUGAAUAUUUUCUACACUUGCAACUUUUUUCAUAGUAUCUUAAGCCUAUAAAAUUUGCUACAUUCAAUGCUUAUUAAUUGUGCCUUGCAUGAGAUGUUGGUGUGCAGUGUAUGGAAAUUAAACAUGGACACUUUAGUGGUUCCAAGGUCAGGUUGUCUCUAUGUGAAUUGAUUAAUAGCUUUUAAAAGCCAAUGCAAUGGGAAUACUCCUAUUUUGUAAAUGAUUAUUAACAUAAUACUGUUAUAUAGAUUUCUUAAUUUUUGAUUUGUGUACAUACUAUUGGUGUUACCAAAUGAUUGUCAAUGAUGAUAUAGAAAAUACAUAUAAAAGCAGAAUUUUAUGUGGACUGUAAUGUAAUUUGAAAAAUAUUUAACUUAGAAAUUUUAUUACAUAAAAAUUCUGAGAAAGUAUCAACAAACUUCUUAUUUUGUCUGUACAUUCCUUUUCAAUUGUAUUUUUGAUGUGAUUUUUUUACUACACAAGCUCUCUUUAAGUAUUGUAUAAUCUCAAGUAUCUCACGACUUUUAGUUUAAGUUAUUGAAUAAUAAAGUUUUAUCUAUAGUA